UUUUUCUUUGCCCAAACAGGAACAGUCCCGUGGACAAGUUGAGGCAGCCUCGAAGAGAUGCAAGCAAACUAAGGAGGCCGGGCCCGAAUCGUGACCCGAAUAGUUUCCGGACUCGGAGCCCGGGUAUUGUCUUCGGUUCAUUGGGUAGGAUGAGUACAGUGAUGCCAUUUCCUGACCUCAACCUAAUGCCGGAUUCUCAAUCUUCAACCGCCGGAACCACAGCCGGCGAAACUGUUAUCACCGGAAAUCUGGAAGUUAAGGCGGAGCCAGUCGAAGAAUUGCAAACUCCACCAUCACCUAUCUCCGAUCAAUCAGCCAGUAACGAUCAUCUCAUCGCCGAGUUCGUACGUAUCUCCAAGCUCUUCCGCUCCGCAUUCAAGCCGUGGCAGGUCGAAGGAUUAGACGGAGUCUCCGUUUACGGAUUGGAUUCCCGUGCGCUCGUUGCUGUACCGGAUGAAGAAGAUAACCGGGGAUUCGUUGAACCGCCUCCGGGAUUAGGGGAUAACCGGGAAUUUGGUGUCCCGCCUCCUCCGAAGACGAGUUUCGAGAGACCAAGAGAGCUGGCGAGAGUUACGAUUCCAGGUCAUGAUCAACGGAAGCAACUCCGGCAACUCGUGAAACAAACUCGGAUGGUUUACGAGUGUCUUAGGGUUCAUCUAAUAGCGGAGCAGAGGAAGUCUCAACCUCUACUUGGUAAGGGGCGUAGAGGGAGGAGCGAUAUGAUAGCUGCGUCUAUGAUGAAGGCUAAAGGAUUGUGGUUAAACUACGAGAAGCACAUAGUUGGUCCAGUAGCUGGGGUUGAGAUUGGAGAUGUUUUCUUCUACAGGAUGGAGCUUUGCGUCAUUGGUUUACAUGGUCAGCAACAAGCUGGGAUUGACUGUUUAACGGCUGAUCGGAGUGCUACUAAAGAGCCUAUAGCUACAAGCAUUAUUGUAUCAGGUGGGUAUGAGGAUGAUGAAGAUCAAGGAGAUGUUCUGGUUUAUACUGGUCACGGUGGGCAGGAUAAGCAACACAGGCAGUGUGAGGACCAGAGGCUUGUAGGUGGGAACCUGGGAAUGGAGAGGAGUAUGCACUAUGGCAUUGAGGUACGGGUGAUUAGAGGAAUUAAGUAUGAGAACAGCGUUACCUCGAAGGUGUAUGUCUAUGAUGGUUUGUAUCAGAUUGUAGAUUGCUGGUUUGCUGUUGGGAAGUCCGGUUAUGGAGUGUUCAAAUUUAAGUUGGUUAGGAUGGAAGGGCAACCUAGGAGGGCUAGUGCGGUAAUGAGGGAUGCACAAACACUUAGACUUGAGCCGUUGAAGGUUAGGCCUCAUGGGUAUGUUAGCUUAGAUAUUUCUAACAAGAAGGAGAAUGUCUGUGUGUUUCUGUAUAAUGACAUAGAUGGGGAUCAAGAACCGAUACACUAUGAGUACAUUGCAAAAUCUAUCUUUCCUCCUGGAAUUUUUGGUCAAGGUGGGGGGAUCAACAGGACUGGCUGUGAUUGUACUAACGCCUGUACAGAUGAUUGUCUCUGUGCAAGGAAGAACGGUGGUGAGUUUGCAUAUGAUGAUAACGGGCAUCUAUUGAGCGGGAAGCGUGUGGUAUUUGAAUGUGGGGACUUCUGCAAGUGUGGUCCAGGCUGUAAGAGCCGUGUGACACAAAAGGGAUUGAGGAAAAGGCUAGAGGUUUUCAGAUCCAAGGAUACCUGUUGGAGUGUCAGGACACUCGAUCUAAUUGAAGCUGGCUCUUUCAUAUGCGAAUACGCAGGUGUUGUUGUCACAAGACAUCAAGCUGAGAUUCUGUCAAUGAAUGGGGAUGUUAUGGUCUAUCCUGGUCGCUUCACGGACCAAUGGAGUAACUGGGGCGAUUUAUCUGAAGUGUACCCGGAUAACGUUAGGCCGAAUUACCCAUCUCUCCCUCCACUGGAUUUCGCAAUGGAUGUGUCAAAAAUGAGGAACGUGGCUUGCUACAUUAGUCACAGCAAAGAACCGAAUGUGAUGGUGCAGUUUGUUUUGUACGACCAUAACCAUCUGUCGUUCCCCCGGGUCAUGCUCUUUGCAACGGAGAACAUCCCACCGAUGUCCGAGCUAAGCAUGGAUUAUGGCUUGGCCGAUGAGGUGACGGGGAAGCUGGCCAUCUGCAACUAGUUUGCAAAAGUUUAUCUUUGUGAUAUAUCUUGAGAUGGAGAAAAUUUUGAGUAAGCCUUUCUCUGCUCGUUUGUUGUUGUUCGUCUUCCCACCUUUCUGUGAAGCAAGAACGGGAGGCACGGUAGGAGAAAGUUAUGCAUCCGUUUUGGUGGGGCGGUAAAGACUAAAAGACUUCUCUUUGUCAAAUGUAGCAUUUGUUCUGUUAUUAGUGUACUGAAAUUUUUUGUAUGGUUCUCUGUCGCUCAUUUGAUGGAGCUUAAAGCUGAAAAAAAAAAAAAUGUAACAGUAAAUCAACAAAAAAUUCUGUAAAGAAUUUUUGUAGAAAGGCUUUCUGAAGUUGGUAACUCA